UGCGCGAGGAGACAGGCGGUAACGUUGACGUCGGGUGUUGGAGUCUGAUUGAAACAGCAGCUGCACACAAGCACAGACUGAGAAGAGAAACUACGACGGAAGGAGACGCAGUCUGUCGGUCACAUACGCGCACACUUUUGACAGGCCGUGCUCGUUUAAAAUGGCGUAUCACAGUCCGUACAGACCCCCAAUGCACAACAACGUUCUUCCAGACCAGGGCUUCCUGUGGAAUAUCUUCCAAAGGGUUGACAAGGACCGGAGUGGAGUGAUAUCAGACUCGGAGCUUCAGCAGGCCUUAUCUAAUGGCACAUGGACUCCAUUCAACCCAGUGACGGUCCGCUCCAUCAUAUCCAUGUUUGACAGGGAAAAUAAAGGCGGCGUGAACUUCAAUGAGUUCGCCGGCGUGUGGAAGUACAUCACAGACUGGCAGAACAUCUUCAGGACCUACGACAGGGACAAUUCUGGCUUCAUUGAUAGAAAUGAGCUUAAACAGGCACUGACUGGAUUUGGUGAGACACAGAGUUAUCGUCUCUCAGACCAGUUCUACACCACAUUGAUAGAGAAGUUUGACCGCCAGAGGAAGGGGCAGGUGGCCUUCGAUGACUUCAUCCAGUGCUGUAUUGUACUACAGAGGUUGACCGACGUGUUCAGGCGAUAUGACACAGACCAAGACGGCUGGAUCCAGGUUUCAUAUGAACAGUAUCUUUCCAUGGUCUUCAAUAUAGUAUAACGCACACAGUUCACCUCAAAAGAGCACAACUGGACACAUCAGUGCCAAAGCUACCGGCACCUUCCAAAUGUCUGUCACAGUGGACACUACAAGAUUUUUUUUUUAAUGUUAGACCUGAUUGUUCAGCUCCUGUUGAAGCGGUUUCACACACAUUUACACACCUCAGGGUUCCCAGAGUCCUUAUAGUUCUUGUAAGUUGAUGAAUUUGAGAUCAAAAACAUCACGUCUUUGAACGUUAUUUGAAAUGGACAUGGUUCAUUAAAAGUGCUUGAAUUUAUAUAGUUUUUUGCAAGAAUAGAAAUUGAAAUUCAUUAGAUUUUUAGUUUUUUAGUAAAUGUUUGUAAAAAAGUAAAUUGCAGCUGUUUGCAUGCGAGUCUCUCAGCUCCUGAAAUGAGAAUCUGUUGUCACUGUGCUGUGAUAGAAGAGAUAGAUAGAUAGAAGAGACCAAGACCAUAAUCUGCUGUCACUGUAACACAGUAAGGGGUUUUCACACAUUCAAACAAAUCUGUUCUCUUUUCAGUUGUUUCCUGUAAACAUCUGUAAUGCCCGAAAUUUGAUUUAUUAAAAUGCCUAGUGUCGUGACGGUAACUAACCUUGAUCUCAAACUGCGUUUGCCAAGUCCUUGAAUUUGAGAGUGUCAUGCUGGCAAAGCCUUGGCAAAUCCUUAAAUUUGUGCAUUUAUAGGAAUGAGUGGGAACCCUGAAAACCAAAUCAGUCUUUUAUUUUACGUUGUAAAACCCUUUAUAUGAUAGUAUUUGUCUGUAAUUCCAAUGUUUGAUGUUUAAAAAAAAUCUUGUAGUCUUUUGUUCAUUGACCAACCGGAACAAUGUCUGUGCUGGAGAAUAUUAAUUCUGUCUGUUAUUGUAAACCUUUUAAUGUCUUAAAUUUAAUUAAUACAUUUAAAAAAAAAGAGAACAGCUGUUCAGAGAGUGAAAUGAUGCAUUGUAAAUAUGAUUUAAAAUGCAUUGCAUGCUUUCCGGGGAAAUGAUGAUCCCACUUUAAAGCAUGCUUUCCCUUUAUCUUAUUGUUUACUUUUCCAAUUUUGCUCAAAGCCAUGUUUACAAAAACUGUGAAAGCAGGUGGCGUUCUGCUUUGAGACUCACUGACAUGCCAGCUUACAUGCCAUAUUUGUACAAACAUUUUUAACUGCAAAUGUACAAAUGUUAGAACAUAAGAAUUUUGGUAGAGGGUAAGCAUAACACCUUUAGUAUGGCUUAUUUUCUUGUGCAUGAUGCCUUAAAAUGUGUAAAAACAACACAAAAAAGAGACCUUUUAUUAAAAAAAAAGAAA